UUACUUAUUUAUGCAUAGUGUUGGGGUAUGGGUAUGUUUGCCACAGAAUGUACGUGGGCCAGAGGACAACUUUUAGGAGCUGGUUCUCUCCUCCUACUGUGUGGGUCCUGGGCAUGGCCUUGAACUCCAGUUGUUAGGCUGGGUGGCAAGCCUCCUUUCCCCACAGAGCCAUCUCUCUCUCUCUCUCUCUCUCCAAGAAUAUCCUGGCUGAGUUAGGCCAUCAGUCUCAUACCCCCCUCUUGCCUGUGACUCUAGCGACAAGACUCCUAGUCUUUCUACAGUCUACAGGAAAAGGUCGUGUUUCUUCUUGGCUAAUGAGUGACUCAUCGAGCCAGCACUGACGGCUCGCCAACAGCCAUCCCUCAGAGGGAACAGAGCCUACCCUUCUCUCUGCUGAUGCCUCCCAUCCAUUCUUGGCAUGCUCCUGAGCAUCUGGCUGGUGAUGCCUAUCACGUCUCUGCCUUGCAGACCACCUGUCUGUUUGACAUGGCUCACGAGAGCAUCCAGUAGGCAGGAGUUGGUGUGGUGGGGGUAGUAAGUAUGUUUACUGCUCUGGUUCUAGAGAGAUGUGUGUUAUAAGCUUUCAGCAACACAGCCAGCCCAGAGCCUCCUAGCUUUUCAAGACCAAAUGAAAUGACAUUGUUCAGGGUAUCAUGAUUCACAGCCGAUCCGGUUUCUACACUUGCAUGGAAGAUGGGUGAUGUCGUAAUACCUCUAACAUCCCAGUUUCCAAGGUGACUACUUAUUUCUCCUGGUUAGCUCCAGCUGCCAACUUGACCCAGCCCAGAAUUAUCUGAGCGAAUCUCAUUUGAGGAAUUGCCUCCAUCAAGUGGCCUCUGGGCACGUCUGUAGGGGCAUUUUCUUGAUUCUUGCUUGAUGUGGGAGCCCACUGUGGGUGGUGCCAUCCCUAGGCAGGUCGUCCUGGGCUGUAUAAGAAGGCUAGCUAGCUGUCAGUCCAGGAUGAGCCAGUAAGUAGCUCAAGAUCCUUACUUCAAGAAUCCUCCUGCCUUGGAGUUCCUGACUUGACUUUUGUCAGGGAUGGAGUGUGACCCGGGAAUGUACAGUGAAUGAACCUUGUUUCCUCCAAAAACUGCUUUCAGUCAUGAAGCUUAUCACAGCAACAGAAAGCCAACACAGGCAGGUUUGGUAGACUUGAGACUCUAGUCUCACCCACCAAAUGCAUCAUGCUAUAUAUCUUGGAAUGAAAUAGAUAUGAAAGGAAGUCUGAGUUCCUUACAUAGUCAUAUUUGGGUUUUUUUCUACAAGUCCUCGUCCAACAGUGUGGGUACACCAUAAGGAACGCUGUUUUUCACAAGCUCAAAGAACCUUAUUGGGCUUCAGUAACUCUUGUCUUGAGACAGGGCCUCAUGAUGUAGCUCAGGGUAGCUCCUCCUACCAUAGUCCUCCUGGGGGAGAGUCUGUGGAGGGUGCUGACGUGCCUGCUUCCCACGAAUGGUUUCUUUCUUUCUUUCUUUGGGUUGUCUUUCUUGUUUGUUUUGAGGCAGAGUCUCUCUAUGCAGCCCUGGCUGGCCAGGAACUCACAGUAUAGACCAGGCUAGCCUAUUUCUCAGAGAGGACUUGUGGGUACUGGGAUGAUAGCUGUGGUACCAUGUCUGGCUGCUGUUUCUCAACUGGCCUUUAUUGUGAAACACUUUGAGAUGCAUAAAAUGUUAUAGCACAGAGUUUCCUACGUUCCUUUCAGCUAGUCAUCCCCGGCUCAGCACUGCCCAGGAAGGCUUCUACCUUAUUGUAACACUGUCAAAGCCAGGAUAUUGACAUGUGCAGCAUAUUGAUACAGGCCCAGGUUUUAUUGGGAUUUCAAUAAAAUUUUACAUGUUACAUGCAUUAACAUUUUUAUUGAAGGUGACACGCAUCAUUAAGGAAAGCUUAGGUGGGGGGAAAGAUCUGGAUUCAAAUCCCAGGCUUGCCACUUAUUGGGUGGCCUGUGAAUAACUCACUUGACCUUUGUGGCCCCCCAGUCUCUUCAUCUGUAGAGAUAAUAUUUGGCCCACGGGGCUAUUGUGAGACUUUAUUUAUUUACUUAAUUAUGUGUAUGAAGGGCUGUAUAUAAACCUGGCAUGUUGUAUGAGCAAACUCAAGAGAACAACCAAAGGCAUUGUUCCUCAGGUGCCAUCUACAGAUUUUUUUUUGAGGCAGGCUGGACCUUGCCAUGUAGGGCCAACAAUCUCCCAGGGCCCUCCUGUCUCCAUCCUCUGUGCUGAGAUCACAGAUGGCCACGCUUUGCCAGGCUUUGUACAUGGAUUCUUGAGGUUGAAUUUAGACCUCGAGCUUUUUCAACAUUGAGCCCUCUCCCCAGCCCCCUUCCACAAGACCCCAAUAACAUAUGGAGGCAUCCAUCGCUUGGCAAUGCAGUGAUAGGCCUGUUGUAACAGCUACACUUGUUCAAGCCUCAACAUGGGGAAGCUGAUGCGAUGACGAAUGUCCUCUUCCUACUGAAGGGCAGGUCAGAUGGAUUCUCCCCUGUGUGUUGGUCACAUGGACCUCUGCCAGGCUUCCUGGUGCUGCUGGGGGUUUGUCCUGGUUCUUCUUUUGGGCUGACUUCUGUACACACAGCAAGCAUGGCUUUCUUCUGCUGUCUGCAUGCUCAUCCUGCUCACCAUUAGGGCUACCAUCUUCGCAGCCCAUCAUAGAGGUAGCCCAUUCCUGGCCACUCCACAGAUGGCCUUGGCCUCUUUGCUGGUAGAAUUUUGAAUACAUACAUCUCCCACCAUCUUUACAUCCCAUGCUUUUGCUUCUGGAACUUGAGACACUGCUCCACACUCUUUAAGAGAACAAGGCCUGGGAUAGAGGGAGAAACCCCCAAUUCCACAGACUCCCCACUUCUGUGUUCUCUGAGUGCAUUCAGGCACUGUUUGUCUACCAGAUCCUACUGGUGGCAACAUCUAGAACUUUGCUGUCCAAUACAGUUGCUGGCAGCUGCGAGGUGGUCAUUAGUUUACAAUUAAACUAACUCAGAUUAACCCUGAGUACGCCUUUGAUCACACAAUGCACUGGCCAAAUUUCCUACAGUGACUCCCACAUUGAACAGCCCUGGCACACAGCAUCCUCCAUCACUGCAGGAAGUUUUGGAGUGUUUCUGGUCCAGAUGGUGCCUGUGUUUAUCUCUCCUGAGAAUUCUCCCAUCCAUGGUGGGUAGUGAUGCUGUGGUUUGGCCAUACUCCAGUAGGUGCCUACUUAGGAAACCGAGUAUCUGUUGCCCUGGAUAGCGGGCAUCUCUGGGGAUAGGUGCAUGCUCAUUUUGUUAAUCUGGGGGCCCUCAGAAGGUUAACGUGACCAUAUAUAAAUAUCUGAUUUUUAGUAUUUAAAAAGAUUAAUGUGGGGUUCUAGAAAAGGGCUUUGUCAGUCAAGAAGGGAAGAUGGCUAUGAACAGAUGUGCCAGGGACAAAGCACCCAUAGUUUUCAAGAUGGUUUUACAAAGGCAACUGAGCCCCCAAGAUUACAACAGCUAUGGGUCUGGGGACCUUUGUGGUGUUUGGAACAUUUAAGCAAUGACGCUCCUUCCUCCUUGGAAGAGGACUAGAUUGCAAUACUGACCCUGGCAGGCCUUGCUUGAGUGGGUGUGAUCUGUCCAUGAUACCACUCCAAGACAGUGCUUCUUACAGCUUGCUGGGAUCUGAAGGAAAAUGAGGAAGGAGAGGGUUUACGUCUUCAUCUUCCUCUUCCUCCCCAGACAGAGUCUCAUGCAUCCUGGGCCUUGAACUAGCUAUGCAGAGGAUGACCUUGAACUCUCAUCCUCUUUGCCUUUACCCCUGAGCGCGGGGAUUUUGGGCAUGCUCCACCACACCAGUUUUAUACAGUGCUGGGGACCCAAUCCAGGGGUUCGUAUAUGCUCAGCAAGCAUUCUACCUCCAACUCAGGCUCCACCAAUUAAGGUCUUUCUAGAAGAUUCCAAACAAGUUGCUCCCUUUUGCCACAGCAGAGUGACUAAGACAGUGGUUCUCAAUCUUCCUAAGGCUGCAACCCUUUAAUAAUGAGCUGACCUCCCCCAACCAUAAAAUUAUUUUUAUUGCUACUUCAUAACUGUAAUUUUGCUACUGUUAGUGAAUCGUAAUGUAAAUAUUUUUUGGAGACAUGGAUUUGCCAGAUGGGUGGUGACCCACCGGUUGAGAACCACUUAACUAAAGGGUGGAGAGGGUCAAAGUAGCAGUUGCCAGGGAGUUCCUUUCAUAUGGAUAGGGACACUAGGCAUGGGAAAAGGCAACAGGUUCUAACAUUGGUCUCAGGAAGCUCCAGGACAUCUGGUCAACCUGGUUUGGCAUUCUCAUUCUAUAAGGCCAAGCUAGAAGCUUUGAGAAGACUUUUUUUUUUUUCACCUCUGGCUGGUUUUGCUUAAACAAUCAAUGCAUCUGUGUGUGUCAGUCCCUGGAAUCCCUAAUGCCUCUUGAGGGCAGGCAGGAGAGUCUACUGGGCAAGGAGGAUAUGCCUGCUGUGUGAAGAUAGUGGGAGCUGGCAUUUAGGUUCAGAGAAAUGGGUCAUAUUAGAGAAUGCUGAGGAAUGGCGUACAUUGGAGUGACCCAAGCCCACUCUACCUUGUAGUGAGGAUGCUGGAAUUUUGGUUUCUCUGAAAAAAAAAAUCACAGAAAUAUUUCAAAUUUUACUAUUUUGGUUUUAAUCCCAGGUGUGGGAUAUAGGGCUGCUUUGUAGCAGCUGACUAUGAUUUGCCUCGAGCUCUAACAGAGGCGUGGUUUUGCUAGCUGCAGAGAGUUUCUGUGAUUUCAAAUUCUGGGAAAAAUUUUCAGAGGGUAUAUAAAUGCCAGAGCCCUGAUAGGGGGUGGAUAGUUGUUGGGUGUCUAAGGGUACUGGAUGCAGUUUGCUAGUAGUCGUGCUCAAAGAGGAAACAAGAAGAAAGAAAUUAGAUUUAAGGCUCUCUGUGCUCUCUGUGCUUCUUUCUCUCCUAUCUCGUGAUAGCGCAUGAAACCAGGGGGAAUAAAAGGUUAGAAAAAGAGGAACCCACAAAGUAGCAAAGACCAGCUACAGUACCUCUCUGGUUGACUAAUGGCAUAUCAGGGUGGAACUGUGAUCCAGUUGAUCAAGAGAAGUUAUAAAUGUCUAUAUUUUCCCAAGUAUGAAUUUUCUGUAUAUACAAAAGUUUUCCCACUAAUCCAGAUUAUAACCUUGCAUGAUCCAGACUCAGUUUCCCUACAAUCCUGAUGUUAACCUGCAGGCUGUGAGUCUUGCAAAACAAAUAGAGAACUUUCCAACCUUUUCGGGCUGUGUUACCCCCACGACCCCUAAAGUCUAGCCGAACAGAAAGAUUACUGGGUCAGCCCUUGGGCAUCCAGUUGGGAAAUUUCAAGUUCCUUUUUGUAGGGAGAUGGUGACCCUAUAUUAUGCCAUUUGACAAUCUCAAUACCCUAUUUCAAAAGCCCACAGCCUAUUUUGCUUUCUGUUGCUGUGAUAAAACACUACAGCCCAGAACAAUUUAGCGAAGGAAAAGGUUUAUUUGACCAACGCUUCCGGGACUCAGUCUAUUCCGGAGUGGUGCUAGAGCAGGGACCCAAGCAGGAGCUUGAAGCAGAACCUGUGGAGGAUGCUGGUUGCUAGGUUACUGCAGGCUUAUGCUGGGGGGGGGCAGGGAGGAGGGGGGGCUUUUCUUACACAUUCCAGGCUCACCUGCCUCAGGAUGUUGCCGCACAGUGGUCCCCAGUCUUCCCACAUCAAAAUUCACCAUCAAGAAACUCCACCUCUACCCCACCUCACCCCACCCCAUUUCCCACAGUCCCUCAGUGGAGUCCCUCAGUGGAGGCUUUCCUCUCAGGUGUUUCUAUCAAGCUGAUGAUUGAUGCUAACUAGGAAAGCACAGAAGGGGUGAGAUACAUAAAGAAGCCACAUUGAUGGACAGAUCCAGGAACUAAUUUUGAAUUAUCCCACCUGGAGGGACUCACCUGAGCCUGAGCUUUGCUAAGCAGUCUUGAUCCUUUUCUCCAUAGCAGCCAUUGGGGUUUGGUAGAAGUGACUCCCCGAGAAGGUGCCUUUCCCAUAAUCCUCUGCAUCGAUGUUAGAAGAGACUGUCUGCAUUUAAUCCAUAACCUAGUUAGUGAGCCUUUCAUCAGCGCCCCCCCCCCCAAGCACCUCUAGACACCACACCAUUAAUCUGUGUGGAGUUAGUAUUUUAAUGAAAGUCGGAAAAAGCAAAUUCCUUUUCAAAAGCCCUUGUCAUUGACCCUUUUUCUUGAUGGAACCACAGGUUACUCGUGCUUCUCCCACAGAGUGCAUUGGCUGGCUUUAAUGACUGUGACGUUCUCUUGAAUGGUGGCUUCAGGUCAGUUGGAUCUAGGUGCUUAAACGAAAUCUGAGAAGCUCAGUCUAUGUGGUCUCUCUCUCUUUUUUCUCCAAGUCUGCUUCUGGAGUGGUUCUAAGCUUCUGCUCUUAGUGGGAAGGGAAACUGCUUUCUCAAAGGUUUUCGUGAUGGUCCCGAUGCUGACUAAGUUAUCUUUAUCCCUGGACACAACUUUGAAACCAUCACGGUAUUCAGGGGAUGAUAGAAGUUUGCUGGGCCAGAUGUUCAUAUGUCUGCCUGCUCCACGAGGUAGCAUGUGGGUGGGCUUUAGGUAGAUGAAGCUGACUUAUGUCAUAUUAAUAAUAAUAAUAUUUAUUUACAUACUGAUGUCAGCUUCCUCUCCAUCCUCUCCUCCCAGUUCCUCCCUUUACCCCCCCACUCCCCACCUACAUCUUAAUAGUAAAUAAGACAUCAGUUUUUGAUCAGCUUAUAUUAUGUAAGGGCUACCUUGAGGUUCAGUGGAAGUUGCCACAGUGACCCUGUUUGCUUUGGUACCAUCUUCAGGGUCACUAGGAGUCUAACAGGAGAGUGAGUCACACAACAGCCCAGGUGGCCCUAAAGAAUCUGGGAAUGAAUGUGCCUUGCUUCAACUCUAGCUUUGAAAGUGGCAGUUCGCUGCCAGUGCUGACUUCAGGAGUUAGGCAGCGAGGAGCAGAGACAGGGAUAGCUGAAGGAUGCUGGGUGGUACAUCCAGGAGCCAGAGAGGGAAGGGAAAACCCACACGGGUCCUGGGAGAAUAAGAAUAGCAGAUUUUAAGAGCUCUGCCAUUAGCUGAGAAGGAAACUAGACCUGGUUUGUUUCUUACUGCACCUCACCGCUGCUUGGUAUUGGUUGUCACUUAGGUCUCUUCCCAGACUAAGCAAUCUGAUUUAGAACUAGCUUUUGAGUCUUCUGCCCAUUGCCACGGAACCCUCAUCAAUGUUUAACCCAGCUAUGGCCCUGGGUCAACUUCAGAUGUCCCACAAACAAAAUUCUCCUCUUUACCUCUGAAAGAACAGAAGGCCCAAAGCCAGAAAUGUUAGCAAAUGAUCUGCACCCUGUGGAGGUUGGUCCUCAGCCCUAGUCCCAAGCCUCCUUCAGAGAGUCUACACCAGGCCCACCACAGAGGCGAGAGAAUUUUUGGAGCCAAGAAGAAGAGCAAACCCUUGAACCUCAAGAUCCACAGCGGCGUGGGCAGCUGCGAGAACAUCCCCGCCCAGCAACGCUCUCCGCUCCUGUCCGAGCGCUCCUUGCGGUCCUUCUUUGUGGGCCACGGGCCCUUCCUGCCCUCCACCCCACCUGUCCACACUGAAGCCAAUUUCUCUGCAAACACACUCUCUGUACCUCGCUGGUCACCACAGAUCCCACGCAGAGACCUUGGCAAUUCCAUCAAGCACAGGUUUUCCACCAAGUACUGGAUGUCUCAGACGUGCACGGUCUGCGGGAAAGGGAUGCUUUUUGGCCUCAAGUGUAAAAACUGCAAGUUAAAGUGCCACAAUAAAUGCACCAAAGAAGCCCCGCCCUGUCACCUCCUGAUUAUCCACCGAGGAGACCCAGCAAGGUUAGUGCGAACGGAGUCGGUGCCCUGUGACAUCAACAACCCGGUCCGGAAGCCUGCCCGAUAUUCAGAUCUCCACAUCAGUCAGACUCUCCCCAAAACCAACAAAAUCAACAAGGACCACAUCCCUGUCCCUUACCAGCCAGACUCCAGCAGCAAUCCCUCCUCCACGACGUCCUCCACGCCCUCCUCACCGGCACCCCCCCUCCCUCCCAGCGCCACGCCGCCUUCUCCCCUGCACCCCUCCCCGCAGUGCCCGAGACAGAAAAAGAACUUCAACCUGCCAGCUUCCCACUACUACAAAUACAAGCAACAGUUCAUCUUCCCAGAUGUGGUGCCUGUACCAGAGACACCCACCCGGGCACCCCAAGUCAUCCUGCAUCCUGUCACCUCAAAUACAAUCUUGGAAGGAAACCCAUUACUUCAAAUUGAAGUGGAACCAACCUCCGAGAACGAAGAGAGCCACAAUGAAGCAGAGGAGUCCGAGGACGAGUUUGAAGAGAUGAACCUAUCCCUCCUCUCAGCCCGGAGCUUCCCACGCAAAGCCAGCCAGACCAGCAUCUUCCUUCAGGAGUGGGACAUCCCGUUUGAACAGCUAGAGAUUGGCGAGCUCAUCGGGAAGGGUCGCUUCGGGCAGGUUUACCACGGACGCUGGCACGGCGAGGUGGCCAUCCGGUUGAUUGACAUAGAGAGGGACAAUGAGGACCAGCUUAAGGCCUUCAAGCGGGAAGUGAUGGCCUACAGGCAGACGAGGCACGAGAACGUGGUGCUCUUCAUGGGAGCCUGCAUGAGCCCACCCCACUUGGCCAUCAUCACCAGCCUCUGUAAGGGACGGACACUCUACUCUGUGGUGAGGGACGCCAAGAUUGUCUUGGAUGUCAACAAAACCAGGCAGAUCGCGCAAGAGAUUGUAAAGGGCAUGGGCUACCUCCACGCCAAGGGGAUCCUUCAUAAGGACCUCAAAUCGAAGAACGUCUUCUAUGACAACGGCAAAGUGGUCAUCACAGACUUUGGGCUCUUCAGCAUUUCCGGGGUGCUGCAGGCUGGCCGGCGGGACGACAAACUGCGGAUCCAGAACGGCUGGCUGUGUCACCUGGCCCCAGAAAUCAUCCGCCAGCUGUCCCCUGACACAGAAGAGGACAAGCUCCCAUUCUCCAAGCACUCGGAUGUCUUUGCGCUUGGCACCAUCUGGUAUGAGCUCCACGCCAGGGAGUGGCCAUUCAAGACCCAACCAGCAGAGGCAAUCAUUUGGCAGAUGGGCACGGGAAUGAAGCCCAACCUCAGCCAGAUUGGCAUGGGAAAAGAAAUCUCGGACAUACUGCUCUUCUGCUGGGCCUUCGAGCAGGAAGAGCGGCCCACCUUUACCAAGCUCAUGGACAUGCUAGAGAAACUGCCAAAGCGAAACCGCCGCCUGUCGCACCCCGGACAUUUCUGGAAGUCUGCAGAGCUGUGACCAUGGCCAGCAUCAGCUGCCUCACCCCCAAACCGCCUCUGUAACCCUGCUCUGCCCUCUGCCAGCUCAGGAGGCCCAGGCUCACUGUCAGGGAGUCCUGACUCGGCUCAGCCUGGGAGACCUGUGUGAUGACGUCACAGAGGCUGUCCACACCUUCGACUUGUACCCCGUUACUCAGGCACGAUCAGGGACCACUCAACUAGGACCAAACUGGGCCAGAGAGGGUCCCAUGUGUGGUGUGAAGGAGCCACAGACUGAGCACACCACCUCGGACUGUGGAGACCAAGACACAUGCCCAGUGGGCAGACUCAGACUCACACGCUGGACCAGUGUGUGCGCAUGUGUCUACACAUGGACAGGGCCAACUGCUAUCCUUCUGCCUGGACGAGCCAGCUGUGGAGUGUCCCAGCUGUGCUAUCCUGGAACACAGAACCAGGAUGGAACCAGAAACAAUACACCUGCUCCGUUGUCAAGGCUUCUAGGCCAAGGUCAGGGUAGGGAGGUGGGGUGGGUUAAACUUGCAAACAUCUGAUUUUAGAGGUCCCAUUCCAAGAUGGAAGUCACCGGUUGCCGCUGAGCACACAAUUCUGAAGGACAGUAGGCAGUCCUGCAGGUCUUUUUUAGCACAGGGCCUCUCUGGGGACCAGUCCCUGGCCUUCACCCUUCUCCCAUUUUGUAAGAACACUGUUCUAACUCACCUCAUGCCCACGCUACCCUGGGCAACUGGAGAACACCAUAGCGUUUCAGCUGAUGUGACAUUUGGUGUGACCUUUACCAGUUCACCAUCAUUCAUGGCUUCCCCCAAAGUCCCGAGUCCUGAGAACCGGGGCUGUGGCAAGAGAGUUCUGGUGUGUUCUCUCUGUGGGGCUAGCAAUGCCGGGGUUAAGUUCUCCCUCGGUGAUGGAGACGGUCCUGGGUAUGCAUGAUGGGUUACAUGGGUGUGUGUGUGUGUGUAACUGUUUACAAUGGUCUCCCUGCCUCUCACGGGCUGUGUUCCAGGAGAAUGCACAUAGAGAGGUUCUGUGGUCUCUGCUGUCGCCUGGUGCUGAAUCCUGAGUGGUUUCCCCACUGAGGACCCUGUGACCCUGUGACCCUUGGCCCCUCCCUUAUUGUGCACACUCAGCACCCCAUCUUCCAAGCCUUUCUUCAUCCCCCACCUUCUUUUGGGAAGGGGUGGCACAGAGUGAAUGGGAAGGAGAGCCCUGAGGUCACUGGUCCACAUGCCCAAAGCCAUGCCCCCCAGUGAUCAGACCUGACACAAGAGGCAAAGCUGUCCCUAAGCAGAGAAUUAGCAGGGUUAGCCAGACAGCAAAAUCCAUGUAAACAUACAAAACCACCCCCCCUUUUUGAGUGGCCCUAUUGGAUGUACACACUAGGACCAAGCACGGGUCCAAAGCAGGAAGACUGAUUGACAGUAGUCACACUUCUAGAGAGAUGUACCCCAUGACACUUUCAAGUCUUUUCAGAACCUUCUCACCCCUUUGCAAAGCUCUUGCCGUCUGCACCCGGGACCCCGGGACCCACACAAGUUGUCCCCAUGUGAACAUCCUGCCUCUCCUGGUGACAUCUGUCUCUGGCUCAGCUUCUCUGCCUCUUACAGACAGUUUCCCUGUACAUUUGCUUAUGGCCCUGGGCUCCAGAGUCGCUGAAGACCACUCUCCACAGCAGCUGUAACCCCAUCUAACAAGCCCUGUUCUGGAUAUAUCUCUGUGGCCAGGGCUGGACUGAGACUGACCCCCUCCUACUAAGCAUCUUAGAGUUUCUCUUUUCUCUUUAAUUGCAUCAGGACCCCUUUGGUCCAUGUACCCCGGUCUCUGUCACAUGCCUUUGUAUCUUGGAGGAAGUAAGAGAGGAGAGAGCCAGGGAGGGCUGAAGCUCUGGGACCCUGAAGUGUCCCCCGGGAACUGGGACUCACUCAUCUUCUCCUGUUUGUAGCUCAAUGACCCAGUGGGUCACAGUUCUAGGCGCUCCAAGGAAGCCAGGGGAGGGGGACUCCUCAGGAAGGAGUGACCAGUCACCUGCCUCCCAGGGUUCUGCCUUGCCCUUAAGCUAGGGUCCUUCAAGCAUCCACAGACUUAGAGUGUGGUGGUAACAUGCUUGUAAUCCUGGCACUCUGGAGGCUGAGGCAGGAGGAUAACAAGUCUAGACUAUAUAUGAUUUCUGAGGGUCUGUUAGUGAAUAAGUACCUGGAUGACAUGGGACAAGUCCCAGCCUUCCCUGCUCCUGCGCUGCUCUUCCUCUUAUGGGAUAGGGUCUAGGUCAAAUGUCACCUCUUCACUCUUGCUCUUUCCUGACCUCCAUGCCCACCGAGACCUGGGCCUGGGCUGCAGGCUUCAUCCCUCACUGACUUCCCUCCCCCCUUCAGCUACAGGCCCUGCCUUGCUAGUAACCUCUUAAUGUACAGACAUCUGGAUCAAGGGAUUAAAAAAAAAA